ACAUAGCUUGUCUAUUACAUCGGCCUGCCUAUAGCCUUGCGGGCGCGGCUACGCAAGAAUGGCUCAGUGCAGAGAGACUUGACUUGAUGCCGAGGGCCUUUUGAGGCCACUCUAGCCAUGUACUUCGCUUAUGGAUGGCCCAAAGUGGCCUUCUCUGAGCUGCAGCCUGGCGAUACUUACAUUUACCUUCACGCCACCGAUAAAUUCUUUUUUGCGGUGUCAAGGACAUGUGUGCAGCUAUGGACAGGAGGAUUAUAUAGGAUCAAACUGAGCGAGGUGGUGCGAACAGAAGAGGAUGUCCGGCAAGAGGGCUGGCACCUGGGAGCGCUAUGGUCGCCUACGAAAUCCACAUUGGCUGUACUGACUUCGGAAAACUACUUGCACCUGUAUGCGAUCCACACCUGGAAGGAGACGCUGCUGCCGUCAUGCAACUUCGCGGCGAAGGACAUCCAGAAGGUGGACAUUUACCUUCGGAGCAGCAUCCGCAUGGACAGCGAGUCUCGUGCGCUGUCGCUCACGGGCGACGGCAGGCACCUGCUGGUGGGGUUUGCCGACGGCACCGUGGCCUCGUUGUCCUGGCUCGGCAAGAUGCGGGAGGUGGCCUACCCGCUGGACGACGCCGCGGACGCCGACGACGACGGCUACGGACCCAUGGGCCUCAUGCCGGGCUUCGCCAGCGGCAUGGGGCUGGCGGAGGGGCCGGAGGAGGGCCGCCGCGUGCCGCACGGGUUCGUGUCGGGUGCCGACACGCCCGCCGGCGGCAUGUACGGCGGCGGCGGUACAGCCGGCGGGCGUGACGCGGCGGCGCAGGCGUCGGUGUACAGCAGCGCGCCCGCCACGCCGCCGCCGGAGCCGGCCAGCUGGCAGCAGCGCAUCCCGCCGGCGGACAAGGCCGCGGCCGGCGCCGCCGCCGCCGCUCUGGCGGGCGCUGGUGCAGCGGGGCCCGGGCCAGGGGCUGCACUGGGCGAUGGCAUGGCGCUCCUCACGCCGCCCGGCACGGACGGCGGCGCGGCACCGGGCUCACACCCACACCCGGGGCCGCUGGUGCUGCCGCCGGCCUCCGCUGCCACCGCCAGCAGCGUCUUCGCCGCCGCCGCCAACGGUGACUACUUCAGCCGCGCCAGCAGCACCCUCAACGGCUUGUCCGGCGGCGGCGUGGCGGGCCUGUCGUGGGCGGCGGGCGGCGGCGGGGCCGCGGGGCUGCUGCCUGGCAUGCAGCCGUCGCGUGCCAUCGUGCAGAUGAGCUACUGCGAGGUCAGCAAGGUGGUGGUGAUGGUGACGGCGGACGGCGCCUGCGCGGUGUGCGGCGCCAGCGAGGGCGGCCUGAGCCCGCUGUCGCAGCUGUGCUUCGGGCGCUGGCUGUGCGGCCCGGCGCGGCGGGCGGUGUGCGGCGCGGUGGGGGUGCGGGCGCAGCUGAUUGCGGUGGGGCGGGACAACGGCGAGGUGGACAUGUACAGCCUGCACCGCACGUCCGGCGCGCCGCCCGGCACUGACACGCACCCGCACCUGGGGCACGAGGCGGCGGGCGCCAAUGGCGGCGCCGCCAGCAGUGGCGGCGGCGGCGGCGGCGCGUGUGAAGCGCCGGUGCGCACUCUGACGCUCGAGAGCUGGGGGCACAAGUUCCAGCAGACGGGGUCGGUGGUGCAGAUCGAGUGGUCUCCCGACUGCCGCGCGCUGGCGGUGGGCUACAGCGGUCAGGGCGUGGUGGUGUGGUCGCCCAGCGGCUGCCGACUCAUGUGCUCGCUGCGACAGCCCGGACCCAGCCUCUCCACCUUCCCCUCCACAGCCAUGUCACGUGGCGGCGGCGGCGGCGGCGGCGGCGGCGGCCUGCCAGCUAUGAGUCAUGCCGGCAGCAUGGCGCUGCGUGCCGGGCCCUCCUGGCGGGCGCUGGGGUUGGGCGGCGGGUUCGGCUUCGCCGGGCCUGACGGCGGCGGCCUGCUGUCACCCGCCUUGUCGAAUGCCGGCAGCAUGUGGGGCGGCGCAGCGGGUGGCGGCGCAGGCGGGCGUGGCGGCGGCUUGUUGCCGCCGGUGCCGCUGGACGGCGGCGUGUCGGCGGUGUGUUGGGGGCCGCACGGCUACCAGCUGGCGGUGGCGGAGGUGGGCGGCAGCCCGGGCGGCGGCGGCGGGCUGGCGGAGGUGGCGUUCGCGCACAGCCUGGCGCACCACCACCGCGUGGCGCACGGCGGGCUGGGCGGCAGCAUGGCGGACGAGGAGGUGCACGUGCUGCUGGGCCACGACCGGCUGGUUCUGAUCCGCGAGGCGGGCGAGUCGUCUCUGGGCGUGGUGCCGUGGGCGGGCGGCGAGGAGCCGGCGGUGGGCCAGGCGGGCGACCUGGCGGUGGCGCACGUGGCGCUGCCACACAGCUACGUGGCCGCCAACUGGCCGCUCACGGCGGCGGCGGUCAGCGCCAGCGGCAGUGACGUGGCGGUGGCGGGGCGCUGCGGCCUGGCCGUGUACAACAGGGCCAAUGAGCGGUGGCGCCUGUUUGGCGACGUGAGUCAGGAGCGGCAGGUCAGCUGCCGCGCCCUGGGCUGGCUGAGCGCCGGAGUGCUGGUGGCGUGCAGCGGCGCAGACCCCAACGCCGCAGCGGCGGGAGGGCCGGGAGGAGGCGGCGGCGGCGGCGGCGGCGUGGGAGGCGGCGGCGCGGGCGGCGGUGUGGGCGGCCCCACCGGCUACGAGCUGCUGCUGUUGCCGAGGUACCACCUGGACCUGACCUCGGUGCUCAUCCGCUACCCGCUGCAGCAGCCGCCUCUGGCCAUGGACUGCCUGGGCUCCCACAUCCUGCUGGCGCACGAGCCGCUGGAGAUCACCCUGCUGGAGGUGGCCCUGCACGGCGAGCUGGCGCCCACAGGCGACCCCUCCGCCUCCAUCUCCGCCGUACGGCAGAUCUCAAUGUACGACGUCGGCCGGCCCCUGUCCGACGUGGCGCUGGUGCCCAUGCUGCCCGUCGCGGCGGGAGCCAACCAGCCACCGCCGCCGCCGCCGCCGCCAGGCGGCGGCGGCGCUGCCGCCUCCGGCGGCAGCGCGCACGGUGGCAGCGCGCACGGCGGCUCCGCCGCUGCCGCCGCCGCUGCCGCGGCGGCUGCGGCGGCGGCUGUCGCCAGCCCUCGUCAGUGCGUGCUGCUGCGCUGGGGCGGGCUGCUGAGUGUGUUGGACCUGGAGAAGGGCAGUGAGGUGCCGCUGGCGACUGAGAUUGAGGCGUUCUGGCUCAGUGACGCCAUCACCUGCCAGGCCGGCGGCCUGCCUCUUGCUGACGGCGGCGGCGGCGGCGCCGUGGCCACGACAUCCGUGGGCGGCGCGGCGCCCGUGUCGGUCCGGUCGGGCGACAGCGGUACCUCGGGUCUUGAGGAGCUCGGGGCGCAGGCCGCAAACAGCCUGGCGGCAGUAGCUGCCGCGGCAGCGGCGGCAACAGCGGCAACAGCAACAGCUGCGGCUGCGCCCAGCGGCGGAGCCGCAUCCGGGUCGGCGGCGGCGGCUGCCGCUGCCGCGGCGGCGGCAGCAGCGGCGGCUGUGGCGGCGACGCUGGAUGUGGAGAUGCCGUGGUGGCUGUACGGGCCGGCGGGCAUGCAGCUGUGCUUCCCCUCCUCGCUGGGCACUCCGCUGGCGCCGCCGUACACCACCACCUCCUACAAGGGCGGCCAGGACAUCGAGCUGGAGUUCGACCAGGAGGUGUACCCAGUGGGCAUCUCGCUGGCGGAUGACGCCAUCAUCGGCAUCACACAGCGCAUCGUGCGCGGCGGCGGCGGCGGCAUGGGCGGCGGCGCGGCGGCCUCGGCCUCGCAGCUGCCCUGCUUCCACCCCAUUCCCGAGAGCCAGCCCGUGCUGCCGUGCCUGCUGCGCAGGCUGCUGCAGCGCGGCGCCUUCCAGGAGGCCGUGUCACUGGCCCGGCGGCACGCGCGCGGCCCCCACUUCCCCCGCUCCCUGGAGUGGCUGCUCUUCACAGCGCUGGAGGUGGAGACGGCGCGCGGCGGCAGCGGCAGCAGCAAGCACAAACACCAGCAGCACCAGGCCGCGGGCGGGACGGGGCCCAGCUCUGCCACCAUGACCCCCACCGCUGCGUUGGCGGCAGCCGCCGCCAGCGCACUCAAACCCUCCGCCUCCCCCACCACCACUGCCACUGCUUCUGCGACCUUCCCCUCGCCGCCCCAGUCGCUGCUGGUGGCCGCGGCCGACCUGGUCCGCCACUUCCCGCUCCUGUUCGCUGAGGUGGUGGUCAGUGUGGCGCGCAAGACCGACGCCGCGCUGUGGCCGCCGCUCUUCGAUGCGGUGGGCUCGCCCUCUCUCCUCCUGGAAGGGCUGGUGGAGGCGGGCGAGCUGGCGUCAGCGGCCUGCUUCUUGCUCAUUAUAGACAGGCUGGAAGGCGCGGGCGCGGCGCAGGUGCAGGCGCUGCGGCUGAUGCGUGCCUCGCUGCGGCGCGGUCAGUACCCGCUGUGCUGCGAGCUGCUGCGGUUCGUGGUGCCGCCCAGCCCCAGCGAGACGGAGCUGGAGGGCGCGGCGGCGGCGGCGCGGCUGUCGGGCGCCGGGCCCAGCGGUGAGCGGGCGUACGACCUCUCGUUCACAGUGGACCCGGCGGCGGCGAGCGCCUUCUCCGCCACUCUGCUGCAGGGCGGCAGCGCAGCAGCGGCGGCAGCGGCCGCGGGCAGCCAGCAGGGCACGGGCGGCGGCGCGGGCGGCUCCAGGGGCGGCGCACACUUGGAGGGCGGGGCCGCAGAGCGGGGGCCGGGCUCCGCGGCGGCGGACGAGGCACAGGGCAAAGCGCCGCGGUCCGGCGGCGGCGCAGGGGUAAGCGGCGGCGGCGGCGGCAGCGGCGACCAGGCGCAGGGGGCCGGCGGGCGGUCCUGGUUCGGGUGGCUCUUGGGGUACAGCGACCAGGCACAGCAGGGCGCCAGCUCGAGCGGCGGCGGCGCCGCCGCAUCUCAGGACGGCGGCAAGGACGGCGGCGCGGGGCAGGGGCCUGCGGAGGGCACCACCCCGGGCGCCGCGCUGGAGUCCGCGCCCAGCGGCGCCUCCGUCGCCACGGCCCGGCUGCAGCAGACCCUGGCGGCGCAGCUCGGCCCCACCGCCAGCGGCGGCAGCGCCUCCGGCGGCAGCGCGCUGGGCAGCGCCGAGCCGUCCGUGGGCUCCGCCAUCCGCGGCCCGGCGCGCUCCGGCGGCGCCGCCGGCCUGGUGGGCCCCGUGGGCUCGGGCGGCUCCGUGGGCUCUGCCGUGGCGCCGAGCAGCCCCUCCCUCGUGGCCAUGCUCGCCUCCGCCGCCUCCGGCAGCGCCGCCACAGCCAAGGCGGCGUGCCGGCUUGUGGCGGAGCACGCCUGGGCGCUGCUGGAGAGCGGCCACCUGGCGGCGCUGGCGCAGCUGCUGGCGGCGGCGGCGUUCCUGCCGGGCGGCCUGGCGGGCAUCAUGGAGCAGCACCGCGACAGCCACUACGCGGCGCGCGGCUGCGGCACGCACACCGCCCUGGAACUGCUGGCGGCGCUGGCUCUGGCGGUGAACGAGCUGCCGGUGUGGAGCAGCGAUGAGGUGGAGCGCUCGGCGGUGGCCGUGGCGGCGCUGUGCCGCGAGGUGGGCGCGGUGGCGUGGGCGGUGGCGCUGGCCGUGCUCCUGGUGGACGGCACCACGGUGGCGGCCUUCCGCGAGCAGCAGCCGGCGGUGUGGGCGUCGUUCGUGCAGAUGCUGCACGCGGACGUGACGUUCUCGUACCUGUGGGACAUUCUGGAGGUGCUCAGCGGCGCCGCCGACGGCGGCGGGCAGGAAGAGGGGCUGGCGGCGGCGGUGGAGGGGCUGCAGCUGGGGGCGCCGGGCGGGCAGGCGGAGGGAGCGGGGCUGCUAGGCAGCGAGGCGUUUGCGGCGCAAGCGGAGGCGGAGGCGAUGGAAGAGGUGGCCGCGGGGGUAGGAGCGGGGGUGAUGGGGCCUGGGACGGGUGGGCUGCAGCUGACGGCGAGCGCUGGGCGUGUGGAGCUGCGGCCCCUGGGGUUGGCGGGGGGAUUGGGGGAGAUCCAGGCGGUCCAGGAGGAGCGCACGUAGCCCGGCAGCACGAAGCCGUGCUUCAGUGGAUAUGAUGUAGGUCGCCGAGGAUAAGGCUGCAACGGAGCUGGCGAUGCAGCCGCAGGUUAUAGUAGCAGGUACCGCGCACGUGCACGCGUGUGUGCGUGUGCGUAUUGUGUAUGGAGUUGACCCGGACAGCUCGCAAGGUAUGUACAGUGGGGCCACAGCCCUAGGCCUAGGGAGUGGAAAGGGUGGAGCUCGUCGAGGAUACUGAUUGUCGUCACGUAGAUGAAUAAUGUGCUGGGGUGCCGUGCCACGGUGGGGCUCGUGUGCGGGUGCGGCGGCGCCUCAUGUGCGGACGACGAUGCGUGUGACGGCACCGCUUGGGUGCUGGAGUGGGCUAGGUAACGUGGUGCAGUGUGUGGCGCAGUGCGUGGUAGCAGCAGCGGCUGCAGCAGCCGGCGUGUCACCGGAAGUGACGUGCGUACAUGUAAUGAGUACGGCGC